GGUGUAACACCAGGAAGAUGUUCAGGGGAUUUAACAGGACAUUGUUUUUGUUUCGGUAAACUGAAGUCGAUUUGAGCUGCCAAAGAUCGCGAACACCCAAUUAAUUUGAGUCCAACCAUAAUUCAAUACGUUUUUCUUCUCUUGUACCGGAAUUAUUCAUAAUCCAUAAAGGCAGUGGUGGUGCUGCUCUGUGACAAUGGGCAUCACCAAACUGGCAGAUCUGAUCCGUCAGGAUGCUCCUGGUGCUAUUUCUCAUAAGGAUAUCAGUGACUACACGGGAAAAGUAAUCGCACUGGAUACCUCGAUUGUUGUGAACCAGUUCCGUGCAGCGACACCUUCGCUGAGCCCCCUGACAGGUCUCUUCUUCCGCACGCUCACCUUCCUGGAACAUGACAUAAAGCCAGUCUUUGUGUUUGACGGAAAGCCUCCCGGGGAGAAGACCGCUGUUCUUGAGAAGCGAGCUGAGGCCGCUGGUUGGAGCUCCCCGAACCGCACAGGCAAAGCAUCACCUCAGACCAGAGACUGUCUCCAGCUGCUGAAGCUCCUGGGUGUUCCUGUCAUCCAGGCUCCAGAAGAUGCUGAGGCGCUGUGUGCCAAGCUGGUGAGAGAUGGGACUGUGGACGCUGUGGCAUCAGAGGACAUGGACACUCUGCCGUUUGGAGCCAAUAUUGUAAUUCGACAGCUCAAUGCCAAGAAGGACAGUGACAUCAUUGAAUACUCAUUACCCAAGCUGUUGGAGAAACUCAAAAUUACCCACGAGGAGUUUGUCGACCUGUGUAUACUAUUGGGCUGUGACUACUGUGACAAGAUAACCGGUUUGGGUCCAAAGAGAGCGCUGACUCUGAUCCAGAAGCACCGUACUAUUGAGAAUGUGGUGUUGCACGUCAACAGAAAGACUCAUCCUGUGCCACAUGAUUGGAAGUACAAAGAAGCUCGGAAGAUAUUCCUGGAUGCACCACAGACAGUAGCUCCCGAACUCACCUGGACUGAGCCAGAUGAAGAAGCCUUGGUUAGACUCCUUUGCCACGUCAAAUACUUUAAGAAGGAGAGGAUCCGUCAUCGCAUGGAGAAGUUCUGGCAGACGCGGGAAAGUAAACGGGAGGAGAGGGAAAAAGAGAAGGCAGAAGGAAGAAGCAAGCAGACUCACAUGGAGGACUUCUUUAGAGUAACAAGAAAGAGGGGGCAGCUUGUGGAUGCUGCAGACGCUUCAAGCAGCAUCAGAAAGAGACCCAAGUCAAAAUAAGCUGCCAACAUCUCCUGCUUGCUGCCUCCACCGUCCAAGUUGGAAGACGUUUUUAACACUGUCUGCAUUUCCUGAUAUCUCAUACCAUUAUGAAAAAAAUGAAAGAGACAAUCUAUUAUCCCAGUCUUAAAUGUCUGGCAUAAGACAUUUUUUUUAAAGAAGCCUCCUCAGGCCUCUUUCUUGUGCUGAUGACUACAUCUAGCAUCUUCACCAUCCAUAUCAGUGACUAAAUAAUAAUAAUGUGAUUUGAAUUUAUAUUACGCUAACAAUUGACACAUUUCAACAGUUUUAGAGGCAGUAGUUUUACAUGUUGAAUCAUGGGUUUAUAUAAGUGCCUUCUUCUAACCCCCCAAAUUUAGAAGGAGCCAAAACACAAAUUUUGCAAGAUGCUUUCUUUGUUUCUACAUGGGAGGAGCACUUCCCCCACUGACAAUACAAUAAUCUGAUCUUGUCUUAACAGCAGUGUCUGCAACAAUGCAGUGCACUGAGCAGUUCUUCAGUGUAUCCAGCAGUUUCCUGCAGAGCUACAUAGAAAGCAGAGCAGGCGGUGGAGGCUAUGAAAAGGAACAGUGCGAUCACUGUUGGGGAGACCGUCCCCCCAGCCAACACGGGAGACAGCGGAUGUCUCAUCACAAGAUAUUCAAUGAGCACCUGUUGUGUUCAGGGUGCCAAGGCUGAGACCAAAGACUUGAAUGUUAAAACAUGCAAACAAGUGGUUACAUGUGCAACAAGAGAUAGUGAGAUGUUGUAAUCCAUGUGAAAAAAAGAAAAAAACCCUGUAAAUGCAGCAUACACUGUAUGAUUUUUUAAUUUCUAUUUGAGAUAUAAUCAUGAUGUCUUUUUUAAAGACAUUUAAAUUGUGUAUGUUGUUCAUCUCUCUAUAAGUUAUUUUGCUUUUGUUCUUCUUUUUUACUUUGUUCUCUUGUGUUCUCACACCUUUAUACUCAGGACACAAUUCGAGCAGUAAAAUAUAACCUCUUAAAAAAAUAAAACACUAUUUAAAUAAAUAAAUGUCCCUUUUUGAUGUUUUUUGAUUUGUUUUAAAGGUUCCCUAAUGUAGUCUAAGUUUGAAGAAGAUUUUUGACAGUUUUAACACUUAAAUAACUAAUUCCACCCCUCUGUGUGUUUUUUUAAUUAAAAGUGUGAAUUGGCA